UUAUGGAUUUCUGUUACUGCUCCUUCAUAUCAUAAGAGCUGUGAUUGCACUGGAGAAAAAGAUAAUUGUCAGUAAACUUGGAGAUAACACUACAUUGAGUUGCAUUUAUCGAGGAAGAGAACUGCACUUAAAAAAUCUACGGGUAUACUGGCAAAUAGCUGAUGAUCAAGAAGAGUGUACAGUUGUACAUGCACUGAUCUCUGGUCAAGACAAUGAAAGUGAACAAUGUAUUCACUUUAAAAACAGGACUCAGUUAUUCUGGGAUAGAUUGGAAAAUGGUGAUUUUUCUCUGCUAUUACUAAAUGUCAGCCAGAGUGAUGAACAUACAUACAAAUGUGUAGUACUGGAGAAAGCUGAAUAUACCAGCAUGGUUCAUCAGGCAGAAGUGGUUCUCAGUUUAGCAGCUAGUUAUAGCCAACCAAUACUCAGUGGGCCAAUAAGUAACAGUGACAGCACUGGAGAGGAGGUGACUUUCAGCUGCAGGUCUGGCAACGGAUACCCAGAGCCCAAUGUUUAUUGGAUAAAUAAAACUGACAACAGCCACCUGCCUCCAUCAGAGCUAAUGAUCAUCCCCAACAACAAUGGCACUUACAGCGUUUUUAGCACAUUGAAGGUUAAAGCCACUUCUAACAUGCAAAUAGAGUGCUCCAUAGAAAAUAAGAUACUACAGGAAAAUCUAUCAGCCAACUACACUCAACGGAAGCAAAGCAAUGGGUCUAGCACAGAAAGUCACAAAAACCUGAAAAAAAAUGGACAAGGUGCUCAGGCAGCUGGCAUCAUUUCUGUCAUCAUUCUGAUAGGUAUUCUAGCUGUCGUAAUCUGCUGGCUUAGGAGACGGAGGUCCUCUAGACUAGUGUCCUACACAG